AUGUUGAGAACCGCCCUUCUUGGCAGCUUGAGAGCCCGUAUUCCGGUGGCCACUGCGUCGCGCAUUCCAAAAAUCACCUCCAUUUCAUCGCAAAAACCUUCGUUCGUUCGUUUCUACGCCGGCUUUCCUGCAUUGACCAGAGAUGUCGCCAAGGAAAGAGUGUUGGAACUCUUGGAAGGUUACGACAAGGUGAACACAUCGAAGGAAUUGACCGAGGACACCUCUUUCAUUCUGGAUUUGGGCUUGGACUCGUUGGACGUGGUGGAAGUUAUCAUGGAAGUGGAGCACGAAUUCAACAUCCAGAUUCCCGAUCACGAGGCAGACUCAUUGAAGACGGUGGGACAAACUAUCGAUUACAUAUUGUCGCAGCCCGAUGCUUGUUAA